AUGGCCUUCAAUAGGUAUUUGAAUGGCCAAAUGGAUGACUUGAAUCCUAUUUCAAUUAUCAAUCAACUACACAGUAAUUCAACCUGGACAAUUAACCAAACCUAUCCAAAUGGUAGGGAAUGGAUAAUAACAUUGACGAUACCCGAUUGGGUAUUCAAAUUUUCGGCUACCGUUACCGAUAAGGAACAGGGCAAACAAGAUAUAGCCAGUCAAGCCCUGUCAGUUAUGCGCCAGCGAUACAUUGAUUUUGUUAGCAAAUCGACUAAACAGAUACAGGAUGAUCAUUGUCGACAAUUUCAGUUGCCUAGUAAACCGUUUGCUAAUAAACUUGGUAAUAGUGUGGUGGAAAAAUAUACUAGCUUAUUUAAUCUAAAAGACAGUGAUGUUAUAGCGGCAAUUGUGGUGACCGAUAGUAGUAGUAGUAGUCAACAAUCAAACAAAUCAAUAGAUAUUGUAUGUAUGGCUAGCGGUACUAAACAUGUUAAACGUGAAAGUUUAAUGACAGCACGCGAUGGACGUGCACUGGUGGUCGACUGUCACGCAGAGAUUCUUGUCAAACGCGCGUUCAGACGCUAUUUAUACCAACAGAUUAAAUGUGUUAAAAAUAAUAACACAAUAACAGAUCAAACAAUUAUUAUUGAAAAACAACUAAAUAAUGAAAACCGGUAUAGACUCAAGUCAACAAUUGGUGUACAUUUAUUUAUAAGCAAGGCACCGUGCGGUGAUGCAAGUGUGUUCAAUCAGUCAACCAAGCUGUUAGAUGAUCACCCGGAAAAAAAAUCGCGAGCUUUAUUGAGAGCCAAAAUAGAGGCCGGUAUGGCAGCUAUACCGACAAAAAAUAUCCAAGGUCGAUUUGCUAUUAUGUCCUGUUCAGAUAAAAUUGCCGUUUGGAGUGUUUGCGGCAUUCAAUUUAACAAAACAUCAAAUUAUUCGUUUGUAUGGAUUAAAGAUAUUCCCGUUGAAGAAAUAGAUCCACACACUGGUCUCAUACGACACACUGGACAGCCGUCAUGUUUGUCCAAACAAUCACUUUAUGUCGAGUACUGUUCGGUUAUUAACAACAUAACCGACCGUCAAAUGAGUUAUGAAUUGUAUAAAAAACAAUCGCUAGACUAUUGUUCGGCUAAAACACAAUGUAUAAAAACAUUGGAAAACAACAAUUUUGGACCAUGGAUACAUUUAGAUGAUCAAUUGGAUCAGGUUUAA